CACUUACAUGACCAUAACCACCAAGCAUAUCCGCCUCAGACACCAUUUACACAUAAGAUCAAUACGCGAAGAAAAAUUCAAAUGGCAACGAGGAUACCCCAUCUGCUGGAGAGCUACCUCGCCCUCCCGUCCCAAUACGCUCAGAUCCUCCUCACCGGCGUCCUCGGCGCCAGCACCAACUGGCUCGUCCUGCGGUACCUGUACACGUACCUCAGGAAACUCAACGCCGCUGCCGAGGAGGGGGCCGCCACCGCAUCGCAGAGCGAGGAUGUCCGCGUCGUUCUCGUUAGCUUCAUGAGAGAUUUUGCGUUUUGGAAGGAAGGCGCUGGGAGAUUGGGCCUCGAUCUAGAAGGUCUAGGAAGAAGCGGCAAAUUCGUCUUGGUGGACGGGCUGAGCGGGUUAUUCUCCUCUCCUCAUCAGGCGGCGCCGACGACGACGACGACGACGACGCCCAAAGGUCGAAGGACCAUCCGCGGGGCGAGGCUGGCUGAUAUCCAGCGCGAGCUCGACGGCGCGGUGUCUGAUGUGUCCGCGGCGGAUGCGAAGACGGUUCUGAUCGUGGACCAGCCGGACCUCUUGCUCGCUGCGUCUGGCGAGGACCUCUCGGGUCUUGCGUUGAGGGAUAUGUUGCUUGGUGUGCAAGAGAAAGUCCACGCCUCAAUCAUCACCGUUGCCGCAGACGAGCCGCUCAUCGCCUCGCAGACCACGACGCUGGAGAAGGAGCACGCCAGUCUCGUUCUCGGACUGGCGCAUGCCGCGGAGACGGUGAUUGGUCUGAGGCUGCUCGACACGGGCAAUGCGAGCGACGUCAGCGGGGUGUUGAGGGUCACUGCUGGAGGGGGUGGCGAUGAGGAGAGGGCGGUCGAGGAGACGGAGCUAUUGUACUUUAUUGGCGGAGAUGGCAGUGUCAAGGUGUUUGGGAGGGGGCAGUGA